UAACGAAAGGUCAAGUUUUGAAUAAAAUCACCCUUUUCAAGGUACAAUGGCAAUGUCAUCACUAUAUAAACUGUAUACGUUUAAUGUUUAAACUAUGUGCUAUUAUUGUUUUUUUUUUUCUGUAUCAUGCGUCGCGUGCGUCAGGAACGUCACUAUCAAUACUCUUUACUACACAUCAGUACGUACAAGCCUGCUUACGAUUGGCACAAGUAUAAGAGGUGACACCCGCGCUCUACAUUUUGCUUAUGUGUACUCUAAGUAUUAAAUUGCACGCAAAAACUUUCAUUUUUUACAUAUAAAAGCCGCGACCGAUGGCGAACGAUAACUACCACGGCUAUAAUAAGUUUAUGUUUGCAUCAAGCAUGUAACUUCCUAUGAAAAAAAAACAAAAUCGCUAUCCACCCAUGAGCCUUCAGCAGCGUCCUUGUGAAGGUUUAGAAGAAAUAACGAACGCGUGCUAAACUGAAUGCAAAUAUUUUGACACCGCGGAGAGGCAAUGUGAAUGGAAAUGAUUUUAUUUCAGCACAUUUUUAGAUCCUUAAUAAUAUCUUAUUUCUUGUCUUUUAAUUUUCAAUGCUGAUGCGUUUUGGAGAGGAUCCUAUUCUAAUAGGUACAGAGUUCAAUGGGUACUGUAUUUCUCAACCGUCAAUCUUCCUGGUGUAGUCUGUGCUUAUCAAUGUCUAUUGUGUACAUGUGAUUACGACAAUGACUUAUGACGUAUUAUUAUACUACUAUUUGCUUAUGACAUAUGUCAAGAACGCAUGUAGAGUCUGUAGUUUACCACAAUACUCUUUAAGAAUUAGAAUUCAGAAAUCAGAAUAUUAUUAAGGGACUCGGCCACUCGUCAUUGUAACGAAAGUAGAAUUUCACGUCCAAUCAAGCAAUCAAUUUAUUAUUGAUAUCUUUAAAAAUGACGCGGUUUGCUCGAGCGAAAGGCUCGAAGGCUUCUAACCUUAAAGAUCCUGAAGACAGUACACCAUGGGAAGUAAUGAAAGAACAACUGGUUAAAGCUAAAAAAGAAAGUGAAGAAUCAAAAAAGCGUGAAGAGGCUGAGCAACAAAGAAUAAAUAAUUAUGAAAAUUUCCUUAAAGAUCGAAGAGUUGAAAAACGAAAAGCUGAGUGGUGUGAUUUCCCAGAAACAAAGAAAACACAAAAUGAAAGUCAAUCUAGUCCUGAAAAGAAGAAGAAAUUGAAAAAUAACAACAAAGUUGAUGGUUCACAUACAGGAAACCCAGUUGUUACUACUGAUAUUUUAAAAAAGAAGAAUAAAAAGAAAAAUAAACAAAAAAAUAAAAGUGAAUGCAAUAACACAGAUAAUAUAGAAAAUGCAGCAGUACAUGAUUCCUCACAAACAUUGAUGAAUGGCACUGAGAGUCAAAAAACUCCAAAUAACAAUGACCCAAGUCAAGCAAAUGAUAAAUUUAACAAAAAGCCCCAUAAUUCCAAUAUUCCUCAAUCAGAGCAGGUAGAUAAUAAAAAGAAAAAGAAAAACAAAAAGAAUCUUAUAUCUGAAAACAAUACACAAGAAGGCAAAUCAAAACAAGCUCAAAGUCAAUAUAAUCCACAGCAGCAGAAUAUGCAAGCAAAGAAAAAGAAGAAAAUAGGGGAUGGUCCUGUAAGAAGAAAAGAGAUAAAUGAUCGUAGCUUUAAACUAAUAAUUAACGGCAAAGACAUAGAAUUAGUAAGAUUUGAUGGGUUUCCAAUCAUGAAGAGAGAUGCAGACAGGUUGCAGGAAUUGAAGAACAGCAUGAUUAAGAAAGGUAUACCUAAAAGUGAAGUUCAAAGAACAAUGAAGUUGGAGAGAAGACGGGCUGAAAAAGCAUUGGCUAGAUUGAAAAGGGAUGUAUGCUACAAUUGUAGGAAAGGCGGUCAUAAUCUGUCUGACUGUCCAGAUCUUAAGUCGAACAUACCUGGAGUGGACUCAGCUGAUGGAGUUUGCUUCAAAUGUGGAUCCACCGAACAUAGGCAAAAUGAAUGUAAAGUGCAGAGGGAUAAGGAAUUCAGAUUUGCCACUUGCUUCAUUUGUAGGGAACCUGGUCACUUAGCAAGGCAAUGUCCAGACAAUCCCAAGGGUCUCUAUCCAAAUGGGGGAAGCUGUAAGCUGUGUGGUGAUGUGACACAUCUGCGGAAGGAUUGUCCAACUGUGACAGAGAAAAAGGAAAGUACUUCAAUAAAACUGUCUACUUUAGAAACAUCAGACAAUAUUGAAGACAUUGGACAGUCUUCUAAACCCAUAGUUUCUGCAGAACCUUCAAAGAAACCUAAGAAAAUCAAGUUUUAGUUAUAUUAUGUUUGUACAUUAUUUGUUGUAUAUAAAUAAAAGCAAAUAUUGGAA